AUGACACCAGUGGCGCGCAUAAUAUCCAGGGAAGAGUACCUGCUACUCGCUAAGGUCGCAGAGGAGGCGGAGCGUUAUGAAGAUCUCGUGGCGCAGAUCAAAGGCUUGACGCAGACGUACGGAGCAUUGACCAUCGAGGAGAGGAAUCUCCUCUCCGUUGCAUACAAAAACAUCACAAACUCACUUCGUAGCAGUUGGAGAGUGGUCGAUUCCAUGGAGAAGCUCGAGUCAGCUAGACCCUCUGCACAGUCAAAGCACCAGAUCUCCUUGAUUCGUCGUCAGCGGGUUCGCAUUGAGAAGGAACUCACAGAUGCCUGCAAAGACAUCGUGAAAUUGCUAAACGAUAGUCUUUUGGCUACAGCCAAAGCUGGGGAAGAGACUGUGUUCUAUUAUAAGUUGAAGGGUGAUUACUACCGAUACCUCGCCGAAUUCGCGCAGCAACAAGAACGCAGUCGGUAUUCGGAUCUGUCACUUGCUGCAUACAAAUUCGCGUACAAGCAUGCACUUGCCAUGCUGGAGCCGACACAUCCAACAAGAUUGGGUUUGGCUCUGAAUUUUGCCGUUUACUACCACGACGUCCGGAAGAGUCCGGAGAGAGCAUGUCACCUCGGCAAACAUGCAUUCGACGAAGCAGUCGCAUGCUUAGACGAUUCAUCAUCGAUGCAAGUCAUGCGUGAUUCGAUGAUGAUCCUUCAGCUUCUGAGAGACGAUCUUGUAAUAUGGUCCAGUGAGAUGCAAAGAGACGCCGUUAGCAAGUGA